UGAUCGCAAUGUUUCUCUCGCUGACACCCACUUCGAUCGCUCUUUUGGCUUUUGUUUCUUUUAUUUUGCCUAUCUUGAUCUUGACGCGGCGACCUCGUCAUUUUCCUCCUGGUCCGGCAGAGCUUCCUAUCAUCGGUAACCUUCAUCAGCUUCCUACAAAGUGUGGGCUUCUCGCCACGUUUACCGAAUGGAAUGAGAAGUACGGCGAUGUUAUCGGUCUACGAGUGCUUGGGCGGCCAGCGAUCGUGCUAGGGUCACAUCGAGCCGUGCACGAGAUUAUGGAAAAACGGGCGGCCAGCUGCUCGGCCCGACCAAAGCUGGUCAUGAUUGACGAGAUAGCGCAAAUCAACAAAUACCCAAGUCUCAACUCCGACCCAGUCGUUCACAAGCAGGCCAGGCGCCUUUUUGCAAAAGCAUUUUCAUCACGAGGCGUACAAGCCUACCACACAAUCCUUAUUACCGAGAUGCGGCGCGCGGUUCUGACUAUUAUGGAAAGCAACGAUGGCCAUGCCUGGCUCGUCCCAUUGAGAAGAGCGGUGGCCAGCUUAACAACCCAAAUUGUGUAUGCACAGGAAGCGAGGACAGAAGAUGACCCGUUCUUCUGUAAGGUUAUGAGACUCCUUAAGCCUGUUGGAAUGGCCGGCAAGACCGGAACAUAUGUAGUAGAAGCAUUUCAAUUCUUGAAACACCUUCCCGGCUGGUUCCCCGGGGCUUCUUUUAAGCAUGAAGGCCAGGAACUUCACGACAAAUGCCUGGAAGCGGUCAAUGAACCGUACGACAUUGUCAGAGACAACCUCGCCGCCGGCACUGCUGAAUCCUGCUUUGUUGCCGAUAUGCUGCAGGGGGAGGACGGACAAAUUGUCAUGGACCAAGCAGCACAGGAACGCCUUAAGUGGGCUGCUGGCGCACUGCUUCUCGCGGGGACAGAUACGACAGUUGCAACACUUCAGAUGGUCCUCGUUGCUUUGCUACAAUAUCCGUCUGUACAACAGCGCGCUCAAGCCGAGUUCGACAGUGUAAUAGGACGUGAUCGCCUCCCUACUAUCGAAGACCGAGAAAAUCUACCAUACUGUACCGCUAUAAUGCAAGAGAUCCUGCGAUGGAACCCAGUGGUGCCGCUUUGUGUACCACAUCAGUUGACAGAGGACAUAGAAUAUAAUGACCGGGUGUUACCAAAGGGGAGUAUAGUUGUUGCAAAUACAUGGGCACUUUCCAGAGAAGCGAGCGUGUAUGCAGAUGGGGACACAUUCAUUCCCGAGCGAUUCAUGAAUCCGUCCACCGUGCUUGGAACAGAUGGUCGGGAAGUAUUCGGCUUCGGUCGCCGAAAAUGCCCCGGUAUCCAUCUAUCCGAAGCAUCUAUUUUUGCUUUCAUAUGCACGUUUGUGUGGGCUGCUAGCAUGUGCCCUUCGAAGAACUGGGACGGCUCAGAGCUGCAGUACGAGGAUGGGGGAAGUGUUGUCAAUCGGCCGAAGAACCUCCCGGCAGAGGCAAAGCCGAGGUCGCAGAACGUUGUGGAGAUGUUGAAGAACGCAGUAUUAUGA